AUGGCAAGAUCCUGUCGUGUUAUCCUCUGCGUCCUGGGAGUGCUCUGCCUCGCCACGACCCUCGCCCUAGGAAGCGAUGAGGGCGGAGGCGAAGGAGGCGACGGCGGAGGCCUCUCGGACCUCCUCCCGAAGACCUCCCCCGGCGCCGAAGCAAAACCCGACGACGAAGGCGCUGACGAAGCGAAUGAUAAUGAUAAGGAGGAAGCUUUAGAAAACCCGAUGAACAGCUCUCGUGUUGCCCGCGCGAGGAUGCUCUUACUCGCUGGCAAUACAACCAGUACUAAGGACCUCCUUACCUGGCGCCUGAAGGACACGAGCCUCCUGGACAAGCUGGCCAACAAGAUCGUGGCCAGCGAGGAGGUGGAGGAGAGGCGGAACCCCAACAGGAGUGGCCAGGCUGUGGUGGAGACCCGUGUAGCGGCCCCAGACACUUAUCGGAAAACCAGCGAGAACGUCUCGUGCGAUAACAAGAACUCCUGGGCGUGUCUCACAGCCAACGAGACUCUCCGGCUCCGUCAGCAACUCCUGCAGGAUCUCGAGACGUCCUUCAACGCCCCCUUGCCCUCCAGGAUCCGCUACCGCCUCAAGAAGAAGCCGUCGAUCUACACCUCCAAGAAACCCAACAUCCGUUACGACAUCGGGAUCCCCGACAUCUACGAGACGGAGGUCGUGGUGACGCCCAAGCACCCUCAGGAGCUGCACGACAUCCAGCCCACCGUCGGCUACCCGAAGGAGGACUACCGCGUCGCCGCCGACAGGAAGCACCAGCGGUUCGUCCCGACCCCCGGCCAGCCCCAGUACGUGCCCCUGGAGGCCCUGGUGACGCCCGAGUACGGCGAGGAGGCGGCGAGCGGCCCCGCCUCCGCCAAGCCCUAUAUCCCCCUCAACAGAGACAAGGCGGCCGAGGAGUCUCCGAACCUGGUGUUCCGGCCUCCUCGCCGCCCGCCCGGCCACCAUCGCCGCCGCACCAACGGCCUGGUCUCGAGGCCGCCCCCCGGACGCCCUCACUUCUUCACGCCCGCGCCGGAGAGGCUCAGCAUCCAGGCGCACCUCCAGUACCGCCGCCCGGUCUCCUUCAAGUACCGAAGGACGGACGCGGAGGCGGUGCGUUCGAAGGAGGUGCAGGCUUCUCCAACACCAGCACACCAUGAAGCGUCGUCGACUGAGGGCUACGUGAAACCUUCCCAGACAUACCUUCCACCAGACAAAGAGUACCUCCCGCCACAGGCUCCUGCCAAGACUACAGAGACGGGAACUCAUUCGAAGCCCUCUCAGCAGUAUCUUCCCCCGAACAAGGAAUACAUAGCUCCCCUGACGAUGCCCACGUACAAGGCUCCAGAAGUUCCUCACACAGACCCUCCCUCAGCUUACAUUGCACCCGAGAAGGACUACAAGCCCCCACACGCUGCAACGCCACAAACUGGGUAUAAAACGCCAGCUGUUACCUAUACUGACCCUCCUAAGCAGUAUAUCGCCCCGAGCACAGAGUACGAUGCUCCUCACGCUGCAACGCCUGCCCCUGGCAUCUCGCAGACUUAUCUUCCUCCAAACAAAGAGUACGUGCCUCCAGAAAAACCUGCUGAGAAAUAUGAAGCACCUUCACAGAAGUAUCAACCUCCCACCAACGAAUACAUUCCCCCAAAAGCUGCCUCUCCUCCUGCCAGUGCUUACGAAGCGCCUCCAAGAAAGUACAUACCUCCAAGUAAUGAAUAUUUGCCUCCAUCUGCUAAUCACAAGCUCCCGGAACAGACCUAUGCAGAACCUCCAAGAAAGUACCUUCCGCCAAACAAGGAAUUCGCUGCCCCACCACGAAGAAGACUGCGGCCGGGUGCAAGGCCCAAGGUACCCGGCAAACCUGUAGCGAAGCCUCCCAGAAAAUACCUUCCUCCGGACAAGGAAUUCAAUGUGCCCGGAAGGAGAGUUCCUGGUGAGGGGAAGAUACCAGGCCGGAGACGCCGACCCGGAAGCCCUGGCAAGAGGAGGAGGAAGCACCCCAAGAGGCCCACUUUGCCCAGCAGGACGUACCUACCGCCCAAUGUCGAAUUCAAUGAUGGAGGUUCUCCUGCGCCGGGUUAUGGGACAACACCUGCUCCACGCACUUACCUACCUCCUAAUAAGGAAUAUAACACACCACCUCCAAGGACGUAUGAACCUCCCAUUAACGAAUAUCUGCCUCCACCCAAAGAUGAUACGAAAGCCCCACAAAUGACGACCAUGGCUUCAGUCACGUACGCAACCCCCUCCAGGACGUACCUGCCACCCCAGCGAGAUUAUCAGACCCCACCAGUGAGGUAUGAAACACCAAGUCAGACUUAUGUUCCGCCCAGUAAAGAGUACAUACCACCCAAUGUAGCAGAUACACCCAGCCAGACAUAUGGACCACCCGUUAAUGAAUACAUACCGCCCAAGGUUGCAAAUACCCCAAGCCAGACUUAUGGUCCACCUGUUAAUGAAUAUAUACCGCCCAAAGUCACUGCAACGCCCAGCCAGACUUAUGGUCCACCCACUAAUGAAUACAUACCGCCCAAAGUAGCUGCGACGCCCAGCCAGACUUAUGGUCCACCCACUAAUGAAUACAUACCGCCCAAAGUAGCAGCAACACCUGCACCAGCAUAUGUCCCCCCUCUCCCUCCCCCAAAAACCACCUACGCCCCGCCUCAGUUGUCGUACGCACCUCCCCAGCUGAGUUACGUACAGCCAUCACGCAAGUAUGAACUGCCUGUCAAUGAGUACAUAAUAACACCUCCAAAACCCGAACCACAUGACACACCCCUUCCCUCUUGGCUUGUAAGCCUGCAACAGACCAAAAGCCCUCUCGAAGCCCAAGCCUUCAAAAUCCGCAAGACCAACCCAACGCCUCCUCCAGGGUACGACCCCAAUACGUCCACAAAGGCAAGUUACGCAAAGACAACAUCUGCUCCUUCCUAUGCUUACUCCCCUCCUGAACCCCAGUACAUACCUCCCAAGCCUGAAUACCAAGCUCCUCCCGAAAGACCACCUGCUGUUACCCCCGGCUAUUCCCUGCCAUCUAGGACUUACCAGCCUCCAGAUAAAGAGUAUCUGCCUCCUAAAGAUUAUAGUCCUCCUGCAACACCCCAAGACUCCUACGUCCCCCCUAAAGCUCCUGAGCAUGUUACGACAUCCUAUGUUCCCCCUAGAGCCCCAGAGCAGGCCUACGUUCCUCCCAAAGUUUCGCCAGACGUCUAUGUGCCGCCUAAGACCCCUGUAGUAGCGGACGUCUCGAAACCAAAAUCUUCUUACAUACCGCCGCCUCCACCUCCACUUCAUAUCCCAAUCGACCCCACCUAUCUGCCUCCUCCCAAGCAACCGCCUGUCACUUACGUUCCACCUCGGCAUGAUGUCUAUGUCCCCCCUAAGGCACCCACUCACCCACCUCCUCCGUCAGCAAAUCUGCACUUGAGCGCCCCACAUUCCACACAUUACACUACCCCCAAACCCACCUACUCCACUGUUGUCUCUGGCAUACCGCACGCUCCUGUAUCAGCAUAUGUUCCCCCAGCUAAACCCAAGCCAGAUUACGUUCCCCCUGCACAUCCCACCACGGCAUACGUUCCACCGGCCAAACCCACUCAAGCUUACGUUCCCCCAGCACCACCUAAACCAGCUUACGUUCCUCCUGCUCAGCCCGAAGAAGCUUAUGUCCCUCCUGCUAAACCCACUCAGGCUUACGUUCCUCCCGCUCAGCCCAAACCAGACUACGUUCCUCCUGUGACUGCCAAGCCCCAUGCCGCCACUACUUACAGUCCUCCUUCACCCAAGCCCGACUACGUUCCACCAGCUAAACCCACACAGACUUACGUGCCCCCGGCUUCGCCCAAACCCGCCGUCCACGUGACCACUUACAAACCCUCGUACGAUCCCAAGAUAAAGAAACUCCAGGAUUUCAGUCACCCGGGGGUUUCCUUGGCCCCACGACCUUCCCUGCGUCCCAACUACACCACCACGACCUACUCGCCGCCUGUGUACACCCCUUCGACCUUCGGACCGGGAUACAACGACCUCCCCGCCAGCGUCAAGCCUCCUCUCCCGACGGCGAUCGCCCCCCCUCCUCACGCACCCGUUCGAGGCCACCAACCCCGUCCUGGCCCGCCGCACAGUCUGAGACGACCUGUCCCGCACCACCUCAUUCCUCAGUCUGAUUACUUCGACAUUCUCGAGAACGAAAUCCAAGACUUUGGGUACAUUGCUGGCAUACCUGGUCGGGCUGGACGUGAUUACCCUAUCCUGAGUUACAUUCCUUUGACCUCCUUUGGCUGUGACCUCGUGGCUGAUUACCCGGGUUACUAUGCUGAUAUGGAAGCAGGGUGUCAGGUGUUCCACAUCUGCCACCGCAACGGCCGCCAGGACUCGUUCCUCUGUCCCAAUGGCACGGUCUUCAACCAGAAGUACUUCGUGUGUGACUGGUGGUACAACUUCGCCUGCGAGGAUGCCCCCUUCUUCUACCCUGUGAACGCUGCCAUCGGCCACCCAGGCGUCCCUCUGCAUAAGGACGUUCUAGAGGCUGACAUCAGGGCGUCUCGAUACGUCAGCGAUCCCCAUCAUGGUUACGCUACGCCCGCUCCUGUACAUCACCCUUCAGCCGCGUUGCAUCAUCAUCCGUCUCUUCCCUCUCAUCAUGUUACUCCUGCUCCCCAUGUCAGUCAGCUGCAGAAUUCGCAUGGAGCGCCACAUCACGUAACGUUCCCGUCUGUAGGUUAGAUCAAGCAUUAAGGUUGGAAAAAAAGAAAGAUGUAUGUUUAUAUUUUUUCACUCUUUUUUUCACGGUCGUUCAUUAUCUCGUAUCUGAUCAGAGGCGGCGUGAAAAUGGAUCGGACGAAAGCGAAGCGAAGUCACGUAAUGAGGCUUAACAGAGGUGUCUUUCUUCCCAUCUCUGUAAGAAUCGAUGCAGGGCCAAGAUUUUCGAAUAGCGUUCUUUCUUGGUUUAUUUAUAUAUUCCCACACGGAAGAUGGUAACGAAAAUAAGGGAAAACAACACGAGGGGUGUCUGUUUCUGUGACCUUCCGUUAUUUACUCACAGGCAGUUGAUCUAAGCUUAUGCCAUGGCUUUUCAUCAUAAACAAACCCAUAUUGUUUGUCACUACAUCAUCCAACACUGCUAAGGAAGGCAGGUAUGCAUUCGGAACCUCUAGCGAAGAGGCUCUCAUCACAAGAAUAUGGAAGGGUUUAUAUCAGUCUCCUUUCACAAAAAAGGAAAUUGGACACUGCAAUCUGGGUGUCCUUUUUCCACGCUGUCCUAGCUACACUUCGUCCAAUCUUGGAAAGGGAAAAACUGGCAACUCACCCGGACGUUGGCGUACUCCGAUUUGCCAAGUGUCGUUUGCGUAAAAAUAACAGUGGUAUUAAAGGCAGCACAUUUAAAUACAGUAGAAAAUAUUGUUUAUAAUUCUU